CAUCUGUUUCUAUUUCUAUAGUGAUGACGACGCUCCGAUAAUCUCUCCUCAUUAAAAUCUAGGGUUUCGCCACGACUACCCCUAGAUCCCAGUUCACAAGAUAAAGCCCUUAUAGAUACAAUUUUGGGUGUGUUUAGGGUUUCGAUUUUGAUUAAUUUUCUAAUUUUGGCUUGCGGAAAUUUUGGGUUCUUCGUUACGAUAUUUUUGUUCCUUAAUUGGGCGAAUUGGAGUUUGCUUCGCUAGCAAGUUUUGGUUUUGAUUGUGAGAUUUGGGGCUUGUUGAGUUUUAGGUAAUUGGUGUUUUGGGUUUUAGGGUUUUCGUUAUUCGCAUUUAUUUGUUGGGUUUUUGAAUUGAGGGAUUGGGGAUUUAGGGUUUUUGUUGUUGGGGAAUGGCGACACUUGGUGGUGCGGAAGAGGUUGAGUAUGACAGUGAUCCAGAGGAGGCGAAGCGAUCCCUUGCGAUGCGGAGGAGGGAAGCGAGCGAUGAUGAGGAAGGUGAGGGAGAGGGUAAUGAAAAGUUGAGGGUUGAUCGUAGGCCUGUUAUUCAUUCUGAUGAAUCCGACGGACAGGGUGGGGCAGCGGAGUACGAUGACGAUGAAGAAGAAGAAUUGGGCUUAGUAGAUGAUGAAGAGGAUGAGGGUGGUGAGAUUGACGAAGAAGAAGAAUUUGAUGAAGAAGAGGUGUAUGAAGCGAGUGGGAAUGAGCGUAAUGGUGGGGUCCCGGCUUCGGUGGCUGCAAUUCCAAAGGAACCUGUUGGUGAUGGUAGGAGGCCUGUGGAAGAGUCAGAAGACGCCCAAGUGGGAAGUCAGGCCGAGGGGGAGGAGGAGGAGGAGGAGAAGAAGGAGAACGAACCUUUUGCUGUGCCCACAGCGGGAGCUUUUUACAUGCAUGAUGACAGGUUUAGGGACAAUGCCGGUGGCCGACACAGGCGAACUCAUGGCGGGAGGAAGUUGUGGGAGUCCAAAGAUGAGAGGAAGUGGGGCCAUGACAAAUUUGAAGAGUUAACUUUGCAGGACAGACAUUAUCAGGAGGGAAGGAGAUCUUCCAAGAGCAAUUAUAGAGGUCGGGGUAGAAAUUCAAAUCGUGGUGUUGACCGUAGUGCUGACAAUGGGUAUGGUAGAGGAAACAGACCUAAAUCAUACAACAACAGUACUAAUCAGAGCCAGGUACCCAAGGGUGUCAGGGGAAAGGGGCUCAGGAAGUAUGAACCUGCUACAAGGAACAACAGUCAGUUAUCAUCAAUGUUAAACAAACAGCCUGGGAGGCCUUUUGAGAAACCUUCAAAUUCUAAUUCAGCCAGAGCUUUCACCCCUGCAUCCAAUGCUGAAUUUGACACCGUUACUUCUAGGAAAAAUGUCUUCGCAUCAAGCUUGAAUUCAGCUUCCCCUCCUUUUUACCCAUCGGGCUCCUCCAGUAAAGAGAUCUCCCUUACGCAGAAAAGGGAUGUUCAAACUGGAAGUACUAACAGGAGUCUUCGCCCAUCUGCUGUGGAUAAUGCUUUGCUGCGAGGAAAGAAUAUUCCGGAGUCUGUUGGCAUGGACAAGCUCAACAUUGAUGAUUCCAUCAGUUCAGUUGCUGGGAAAACAUUGAGUAAUAUCAAUACGCAAGUGUCACCUUCAGGAGCGGCAUUGAAUACAGUUAAUACCACUCAGUCUUCUCAGUCCAGGAUUCAGGGUAGGGCUGUCAUCCCUGGACAGAUGACUUAUCAACCAAGUCCUCAUAACCAGGCCAUAAGAGGUUCAUUGUCAGCACAGCCACAUGCUGUUCAGCGAAAUCUAGUUCAAGGUCGAGGACAAACUUUUGUGCAAGCUUCUGCACAGCAAUCGGGACCGCGUCCUGGUAGUGGUUCUCAAUCUUCCUCUCCACCAAACACAGCUUUGUCAAUAAAUUCCUUUGAAACUGGUGAAGUGGAUUCAUCUUCAGAGGUAAAUAAAUCUAAAACAGCUCUGGUUGCAAAGGGAAAAGGUGUUGUUCAAGGUAAUGGAAGGGGCUCUGUUAUGUAUGGUGGGGCCCAGGUUAUUGGAGCCACAGGUAGCAUGGGUGUUAGUCAUGGAGAUCAGAACUUCCCUGGUGCUCCGGCCUUUCUUCCAGUCAUGCAAUUUGGAGGUCAGCAUCCUGGUGGUAUUGGGGUUCCUGCUGUUGGGAUGGCAUUUCCUGGAUAUGUUGCUCAGCCACAGGGUCUUGGUCUGGGAAAUUCUGAGAUGACAUGGUUACCAGUUCUGGCUGGUGCUGCAGGAGCCUACUGUUCACCUUAUAUUGCUGUUGAUGGUUCUUACCAUGCUCGCCCAUCUGGACAGUCAUCUUCUGGAGGUGCCCCAAGCAAAGAAAAUAUUGUGAGCAAAAACGGUAAUGAAUGGAAGUCUCCACAAAAGCCUGACUCUGUGAAUGAUGAAUUUGGACAGCGACAAAAUAAGCCUCGCAGAUAUUCAGAGAUGAACUUUGGUCAAUGAUACUUAAAUAGGAUGGAGCUUGUUUGAAUAAUCAGAUUAAAGUUUUAUUUUGCUUGAAUAAAACUGUCUUUACUUUGGGCUUCGGAAACUUCUGGGCUUGUGAGAAACUGGUAUCUCAGGCCUUCCUCUAGGUCCUCUGUGUUUUCCGGCUUUAUUCUGGGGCACUUUGGGCCGCAAUGUGUUACAACAUAUGUUAGUUAUGUAUGGCAAACGCCUCUCAAUGCUGCAUUCAGUUUAAGAUCAAUAUUGCAGCUUGACAGGUGGCAGUUCCUCAUUAAAAUGUGCGGUUUUCUUGUUGCUUGUUUUUUUAGGUGAAGCUUGUGAGAAAUGCAGGCAGGCUUCUCUUUGAUCCAUAUACCCAAAAAAAGGAAAAAUAAGAAAAGAAAAGAAAAAAUAGGGCAAGAAUUAUUGUGCAGAGCUGCUGUUACCUUGGUGAAGCUUUUUCUUUAUAUUCUUAGUAUAAAUGGUGCAUAUUGGUUUUCUUAUUCAUUUUAGCUACUUUCCUGGUUUUGAAUUUGAAAUAACUUCUCAUUUGGUUGAUGACUGAAACUACUAUGGUGGGGAUUAUAAUGAAUUGGGUAGAGUGUUCAUGUGAUGAGUGAGUUGAUGUUUUCUUUUAACUAUUUAGCAAAGUUCAUCAUACGAAAGACUGGUGUUCUUUUGCAAUGGAAUGCAAAGAUUUGGCUAUAGUGACUGGUUUCUCAAAGUUUGGGUGUUCUUUCCAUUUAAAUCUUAAUAAACUCGCUAGUGUGAAAAAACAUUAUGAAUGUAAUGAAAGUCUCGUAUCUGUUGUUA